GACAAGCAGAAAUAGAAAGAAAUGAGCAUGACCCUUCCAACUAAUAGUUAGGAGUGUAUUGCCAGAGAAAUUUGUCUUCUUAACAAUUUUCCCACCAUUAUUGCCCUUUAUACCAUCUUUUUCCUAAAAGCGUAGUAACGCAGCAUUCAAUUAUAAUAAUUAAUUCAUACACCUAACAAUCCAAACCAAACUAUUUAACCUGUGGGUCAGAUUUGAGUUCUUGCAGUUUUCUUUACGUUUGGUGACAAGUUGAAAAUUUCAUCAAUCAGAAAAACCAACAAAGUUCAGAUCUUUGUUUGUUUUUCUGUGAUUCUUCAGAAUACCCAUCUGGGCUUUGACUUCUCUUCUCUUUUGCUAUGGCAUGGAAAUACAAGGCAGGUCUCUGCCUUAUUUCAGCUGUUGUUGUUAUUUGGGUCACCUCUGCUGAAGUUACCCAGGGCAUUUUCUCCGAAUAUAAGCAGCCAUUUGCAAUCACAUACCUUGGGGCUUCUUUGCUGGUAAUUUAUCUCCCUGUAGCAUUUCUUAAGGAUUGGAUAUGCAAUUUUCUGAAGAGACGCCCUAGUAGAACUGAUAAAAAUACUGGCAAUGAAUCAUAUAUGAGACAUAGUUCUCCUUUAAAGCAUACAGUACAGAAAGUCUUUGAGAUAGAAAUCCAGAAAUCAAUGGAUGGAAAAGACAGCGAAGAAAAUAUUUCAGCCGAGGGAGAAGGAAAACCUCUUGUUGCUAAAUGCAAUGGUAAUUCUGACGAUCUAAAAAAUGGAAAAGAGAUGACGACCUGGCAAAUUGCUCGUUAUGGAUUCUUUCUUGCUCCUCUCUGGUUUAUAACUGAGUACCUGUCAAAUGCAGCACUUGAGCAUACAAGUGUUGCAAGCACAACAGUACUAUCUUCUACAUCGGGAUUAUUCACUCUUUUUGUUGGUGUAAUACUUGGUGAAGAUUCCUUAAAUAUGGCCAAAGUAGUUGCAGUCUUUGUUAGCAUGUCUGGCGUUGUCAUGACCACUCUAGGAAAAACAUGGGCGACUGAUGAAUCUCAGUUGAAUUCUUCCUCAAGUGGUGAACGUUCUCUCCUUGGGGACCUCUUUGGCCUUCUAUCAGCAAUGUCGUAUGGGUUGUUCACUGUGCUUCUUAAAAAAGUCGCUGGUGAGGAAGGAAAAGGAGUAGAUAUGCAAAAAUUGUUCGGGUAUAUAGGGUUGUGUACCCUUGUGACCAUGUGGUGGCUUGUAUGGCCAUUGACUGCGCUAGGGAUUGAACCCAAGUUCACAAUACCUCAUUCUGCUAAAUUGGAUGAAGUUGUUUUAGCUAAUGGACUUGUAGGAAGUGUUCUCUCGGAUUACUUUUGGGCACUGUGUGUUGUUUGGACAACUCCAUUAGUUGCAACUCUCGGCAUGUCUCUCACAAUUCCACUUGCAAUGGUGGCUGACAUGGUGAUUCAUGGACGUCAUUAUUCUGCUAUAUACAUUCUUGGCUCAGCACAGGUAUUUGCAGGAUUUGUUAUAGCUAAUAUAGCAGACCGGAUUUCGAAACUUAUGGGACUAUGACAUUUGGUGGAAAGACGAAAGAAAGAUGGCCAUUAUACUAGAGUUAUGUGACUGCAAAUGAUAUUUAAAUUGUUGUCCCACUUUUGAUCUCCAAAUGCCUUGCCCGUUUUGAUUAUUCUUUUUUAUCAAAGUUA